UUUGAAGUGCGCCCGUCGUGAUCAGUGAGCUGCAGGAGUCCGGGCUGAAGACACGCACUGGAACAUUUCCUCUGAUCUCUCGGAUUCUACUAACUCUUCUUCGGUACUUUACACUUCCGCAGAAGGCACACUGCCUGAUAUUUUAUGGACUUUUUUCAGGGGGUUCGAAUAGAAUUUGGAGUGGGAUCCAUGUCGGAUAUGAGGAUGCUUCAAAUCAAGUAGCGCACCUGGACCCAAGCGGCUUCUCCGUCCGCCGGGACAUUUAAGGUCGCUCAUUUGCGUUGCUGUUCGCUUGGAUUAUAUUUAUUACGCAUCGCAUCUUUGGACAAACGAACAUCCAAAAACGCAGUGCUCUGUCUCCAAUGAAAUAUCUGCCUUUAGGAUCAGCUGCGGAUCGAGUUUGUCAGCGGAUCGAGCUUAGUGAGGACUCCAAAAACUCUCGUCCCGGUGCCGCGGUGUCUUUGUUGACCCCUCUGGACCCACUUCGGCAGGCAAAGCGGCUUCCUAUCCGAGUUAUCAAGAUGUUGACUGCGCACACUGGGCACUUGCUACACCCGGAAUAUUUACAGCCUCUUACGUCCGCACCAGUGAGCAUCGAGCUGGAUGCUAAGAAGAGUCCCCUGGCUUUGCUGGCUCAAACUUGCUCUCAGAUAGGUAAACCUGACCCUCCAUCUUCCUCCAAGCUGGGUUCCUCCUGCACCCAGGGGGACAAAGAAUCCAGCAGUCGGUCAUCUACGUCCAGCCUAAAGCUGGGGGAGCACCGCCCCUCCCUGGAGGACAAAUCCAGCUUCAAGCCCUACAACAAAGGUAGCGGAGACAGUCGCAGAGAUGGAGUCCCCAGCAGCAACAGCUCCAGCAGUGAUAAAGCCGGGUUCAGGGUACCCAGCAGCAAUAAUGUUACCACUAAUGGAAAUUCGACCGGUGGUCAGCAGUCCUACCCACCCCGUGCUGCUUCACCUACCUCUAGAGGUAGCAGCACCCCUCCAGGACAUGCUCAGCAGCAGCAGCAGAAGCAGAGCCAGUCUCCUGCUGGACAGCCCAGUCUGCAGUCUACGACUUCCAGUGGGGAACCUGCACAUGAGCAGAGCAGUCCUACCAGCACAGGAAGCAGUAAUAACAAUAAUCCCAAAAGAGACGGUGAUGUAAACAAGGCCAGCUUGGAAAGUCCGCACCAUGCAAACUCCAGCCAUGUUCGAGCCAGCACAAACUGCAGUAACAGCAGCUCUGAUGGUGGCUCUAACCAUGAUGGCGGUAAAUCUGAGUCCACCCAGCCCAGCCUCGGCCCUGGACACAUUACACCCAUCUCCCCCUAUAAGACCAGUCAACCACUCUUCCCCCUGCCCUCCUCUAAUAUGGGCUACCACGGAUCUGUCAUGGGGGGUUACACAGGUUACCCAUCCCAGUUUGUUCCAGGUUUGGACCCAUCCAAGUCGAGCCUCAGCGUGGGCGGUAUAGGAGGAAAACACCCAAGCUCCAGCCCCCUCACGGGUGCCUCCCCUCCUUCUUUCAUGCAGGGUUUAUGCAGGGACCCCUACUGUCUAAGCUAUCCAAGUGUAUCCCAUCUCGGUGGAAGCAACUGCAACUCCUGCAUCCAUGACCCUUCCUCCACCCUCAAAUCCAGCUUCCCGAUGGUGUACCCUUCCCACCCGCUCCACUCCCUCCACCAAAGCUCUCUGUCAUCCAGUGUAUCCUCCUCCCUCUCGCAUCCACUCUACACGUACGGCUUCAUGCUGCCCAAUGACCCCCUGCCUCACGCCUGCAACUGGGUAUCAGCUGGAGGGCCGUGUGACAAGCGUUUCACUACAUCAGAUGAACUUCUGGCUCACCUACGCACCCACACGGCUCUGCCUGUGGGGAUGGACAGUAAGCUGCUCUCUGUUUCCUCCUCUGGACCUGCCUCCUGUCACCUUCACCUCCCACACCAGAGCAGCCCAGGCUCCAUGCCCAGCUCUCUGUCUCUCAGGGCUCCCCCUAGCCUGGGUUUAGCUCGCUAUCACCCCUACAGUAAAGUCCAUCUCCCAUCUGGACCCUCAUCCAUCUCCCUGCACUCUCUGCCUGCCACAGGUCCAUACUACCCUCACUAUGCUCUCUACAGUCAAAGACUUGGAUCUGCAGCGGCUCUUGGAUACCAGUAAAACACCAGAUACUUUAUGUUUAUAGGAAUGGUAUGACAUUUUUGGACUCAUGCCUGUUUGCUUUCUGGCUGAGUGGGAGAUGAGUGGGUUGAUAACCGCUCUCAUGUCUCUUAAAUGUGAAACUGCAGCUAGUUGGUUAGCUUAGCAUGAAGAGGAUAGAAGCUAGGAAACUGCUAGUCUGGCACAUUUAAAAGGCAACAAAAUGUGGCUACUACCACCUCUAAUGCUAAUGUUAAAUGUUAUUUGAUAAGGGUAAAAAUACAUGCACAAAGUCAUCAUAUUCCUUUAUAUUUGAAGAUUGGUUUCCAUGCAACAAUGAACACCCAAGCUAAUAAUUAAUGCAAAAACAAUUCCCCCUUUAAGGAGGCAAAUUGUUGUUUUUUUUUGUUUGUUUUUUUCUUUUUGCCACAUUUUCACACAGAUUUAAUAAUAAAUGUGUGAAUUAAUUAAUUGUCUUUUAAACUGUUUACCCAUUUCCAUUCUUUACGCCAAGCUAACUAGCUGUAGGUUUAGCCGGCAGCCGUAACAGUUGUGUCACUUUUCUUAGCCAGAAAGCCAAUAAGCACUUUCCUAAAAAAAAAAAAAAAGCCAAAAUAAAAUAAAAAAAAAAUCUUUUACUAUUUUCUAAUUAAAAUGUGGAAAGUUUGCUGCUUUCCUGAACUUAAGACAGAAUUCAAGUUAAACUAGGGGGAGUGUACAAGCUCUGGAUUUCAUUUUACGCUUUGAUUUCACCUUAUGGGAUUUUGAAUCAGUCUCUUCUCUGAAGGUUCAGAGGUCAUGUGGCUCUUGCUUGGAUACAUCUGCAGCGGACCGCCCUGAGGCGAUCUGCCGCCGCGUUUUCUUCAGCAAAUUGAUGAUUGGACAUAAAAGCUCUUAAACGCUGAGGUUUCUCUCUUCAGAUGAUGGUGAUUUAGUGCAGAAAAAAAAAAACAGCUGCGUGUGAGGGGUGGCUGUAAGCUGCAGCUUCUGGCCUCAAGUUGCUUUUUCUCCCUGCAAGAGAUGCAUGUAAGCUCCAAACAGCAUACACACUAAUCCUCCCCAUCGUUUGCAAUUUAUUUAGCUUAUUCCUACUGAGAAGUUGUAUUUAUUUUAAACGGGAUGUUUGACUUUGAUGCUUAACGUGUGUUUCUCUUUUGCAGUCCUGUGAUCAGACAUGUUGGAAGCCACAUGACAGGUGUUGAAAAUGUGUCUUAACACUUCUUCUCGAACGAAUGUUGAAAUCGCAUCUCGCUCUCAGCUUUUACAACUGUUUUUAUUUUCACAGCAAAACAAUAAAACCGAGAUGUGAUAUUUUUUUGUAAUACUGGAACGCUCUGUGUUGGGAUCCAGUGAGAGGCGGGGGAGGGAGGUCAUAUUUUGUUAAAUAAAUCACACUGACGAUGUGGA